AUGCACCGUUUAUACCCCAAUAUUAUCAUCACAGGAACCCCUGGAUGCGGCAAAACCUCACAUGCCGAGAGCUUGAAGGACCAGCUAGGCGAACCGUACCAGCACUUCAAUAUAAGUGACUUGGCCAAGGAGCGGAAAUGUCUUGAAGAAUAUGAUGAAAAUCUCGACACUUGGGUCGUCGAUGAGGAUAAGCUUUUAGACUCUUUGGAGCCAGAUAUGGAAAAAGGUGGUAUAGUAGUGGACUGGCACUGCUGUGAAGUGUUUCCUGAAAGACUUAUAGACUUGGUGGUUGUUUUGAGAACAGACAACUCCAUAUUGCACCAACGCUUAACCAAGCGUGGAUACAAAGAUAACAAGAUUCAAGAGAAUUUGGACUGUGAAAUCAUGCAAGUGAUUUUGCAGGAAGCACGCGACAGCUACAUUCCUGAAAUAGUGAUUGAAUUGCGGUCAGAUAGUGUGGAAGAAAUGGAGGAGAAUGUGGAGAGAAUUGCAGCUUGGGUAGAAAACUGGCGAGCUGAUCAUCCCAAUGGGGUCAAUAGUUCGUAUGUCCCACAGGAAGAGGAGGAGGAAGAGUAA